AUGCUGAGUAACUACAAAUUUAAAAAAAAGUUUAUCGGGGACUUCUUCUAACACAUCACCCUAUUUUCAGACAAAUCGAAGACGAAUCGAUAAUUCUGAAUGUGUCGAGACCGUUCUCAACAUCUUACAAACAUGUGCAAUUCACUUGGGCUCUUCGAUUGACUGAUGAGUAUGUGCUCUCAAAUAGUAGUGGUGAGUGUUGCUUUUUUCAUGUUUUGAUCUUUGGAAGGAAGAAAAAUGAUGUGGCAGGUGUCCCCAGGGGAGCAACAGGGAACUAAAAAAUGUAGCGAUAAGAAUAAUACAUUUUGGAGAAAAAAAAAGAAAAUAUUUUAGUUUUGCAUGUAUUUAAUUUGAUUAUGGAAACGAUUUUUGAUUCUCCAAAAACUAUAGAAAAUUAAUUUUUUGCAGCCGUUGAUUCGAAUCGUCAUGUUCUCCUUCACUUGUAUUACAAAGAGGGUCCAUGCCCUGAAGUUGGUGUCGAACAAGUUCGCGCGCAAAUCAUUGACCCAGUCACAAAUGAAACGCUUUUCGUUGGAUUGGAAUUGGGACAAACGGAGUUUCAAAGAGGCAGUGGUUGGCCGAUUCAUGUUGAGAAAGAGAGACGCGCCGAAUUCACUGAGUUCGUUCAUCGAAGAGUUGAUUCGAAUUUGUUGGUGGUGGUUGAGAUUCGAAUGAAGAAUAGUUUGUUCGAACCAUUGAACUAUUUGCCGGAUGUUGAGUCGGCUUUUCGAAGUCAACGAAUCGAGAAAGCUUGUGAUAAGUUUGUUGACGAUGUGAUUGAGGGGAAAAUCAGGAUUCCUGAUUUGGAACAUGUUGAUGAACAGGUUAGUAUUCUCUCUUUUUUGAAAAACAUGUCCCACGAUUAAUGUACUUACAGCACGCCGACAAAUUCUCCAUUCACCGUCUCAUUUUCAUAUAUGGUGUCGACACGGUGUCUCGUCAACUUGCCGAAAAUGAACAAAACGAAGCGUGCGAACAAUUGGUGAAAAAUGUGAGAAAAAAACACAUCGACCGGGGGGCUCGUAAACAUGUUUAUUGUGAUCAUGAGAGGGUCAAUAUUUUUCUUUUUCCUCUAUUUUUUCGCGAUUAAAAAACAAAAUAAACAUCUGGAAAGGGGGGGGAUAGAAACAGAAAGAGAAACAUUUCAAUGAUCAGGGGUUCAGCUUUUUUUUAAAAGUUUUUUGGAUCAAAUAUCAUAACAAAAACAUAUCGAUUUCAUAUAAACAUAAAUAGAAAUAGAAAUAAAUGAAUGAAAUUAAAACAUUUCUGAUGGGUUUCUCAAAAAAUAUUUCAGAGCGUGUCUUUUCCUGUAAACACACAAAAAGUUCAAAAAUAUCAUAGAGACAAUCAAGUGUGCUCUAUCGCACACAUUUUUUAUUUGUGUGUACCUUUCUCGGAAUUCAAAAAAUUUUUUAAACAAAAACAAAAAAGCCCAAAUAUAAAAAAUAUUUCCAGACAUUUGCACAUAUUUAUUUCGAACGGGUAUUGUCUCGAGAAAUGCACAUGUUCGACGACUUCAUCAAUCUUCUCGAUGGUGUCACUUAUGCACAUAUUCCGGCGCUUCGCAAAGAAGUCGAACGAUUCAUUUGUCGCGAAAUCAUCAAGGAGAAUCUCGACACAUCGCUAGCCAAAAAAUUGUUGUUGAUCGCCGAAAAAUAUAGUUUGGAUGUGCUGAAGAUGGUUGUCAAUGGAUUGUUGGUAGAUCAAAUUAUUGGGAACUCCAAUCCACCCAAAGAACUUGUUAAUAUCACGCAUGAAUUGGAGAAGUUUGCGCAAGAAAUGUGAGUACUUUCAUUAGAAAAAAGACUGGUAUUUAAAAAAUACAUUUUUUUUAGCCAAGAAUCGGAAAACGUGCAAAAUCUUGUUGGACCAGUUGUGACCGAUUUGCAAGAAUUAACCCGCCGUGUUCGCCGCGUCUCAUUGUCCCAUUCGCCUUCACAAUCAUCUCAUAGUAGGUAAGAGUGACACUUUUAUAACAUUUUUGUGUUUACAUUUUUUUUGGUGUGUGAGAAAAGCGGUUGUUCCCUUCACAUUAAAUACAUUUAUGUGAGAAUAGAGUUUUAUUGUUUCUUUUUUGAACUGGACACAACCUAUUGUGUGAAAAAAAGAAACAUUUUAGAUGAGGAGAUGGGGAGAGUAUCUAAAAAAGGUUAUGUUAAUACUUUUGAAGUUCUUGGAAUGGGGCUACUAGGUUAAGAAGCUUCGACCAUAUCCGCAUAGACUUCUACCACCGUCGUAGCCCCGCGAUAAAAAGUAAAAUGCCGAGAAGUUUACGCAAAGUACCCUAGCCUCAGAGCCCUAGGUUUAGGUUAAGGCUCAUCCUUCACGUUUCUGCUGGUGCCCUACCCCGACUAAGUUGCUCACUUAUGUUAGGCUUCUAGGGUUACAUUUCGGUUUUUCUAGUAGGCUUCCAGUCGCCCUACCACUAGACUUAGGCUAAGUUCUCACAGGUUUAGGUUGAGGGUUCCCUCCUUCAUACGUCUUUUGGUACCUUACCCGACUAAGGUUUAGUAAUUAACGUUCAGGUUAAUAUCCCUACGCUUAGUGUCCGGCUCUGGCUUACCUCCCAGGCUUAGCUAUCCGGAUUUUUAGAUAAAUUUACUUUCACAUCAAAUAUGUUUUUUUUGCAGUUCUCCACUUGCAACACCAACAAGUGGCGGCGCGUCGCCAUCAGUAGCUCCACCAUUCGAUUCACCGACUUCGCGAUUCAAACGUGUCUCUCUUGUAUGA